AUGUAUGGGAAAGGUUGCCAUUUACCUGUUGAGCUAGAACAUAAAGCGUUAUGGGCACUUAAAUCUUGUAACUUUGAUUUAGAUAGUGCAGGUAGACAAAGGCAGUGGAAACUAAAUGAACUAGAGGAGUGGCGUCAACAAGCUUAUAAAAAUUCGACAAUCUAUAAGGCGAAGACCAAACAGUGGCAUGACAAGCAAUUGAAAGGUUUGAAGGAGUUUAACGUAGGAGAUAGUGUGUUGUUAUUUAACUCUCGUCUCCGUUUAUUUCCAGCAAAGCUGAAGAGUCGCUGGUCGGGGCCAUUUACAAUGAAGCAAGUCUUCCCUUAUGGUGCGGUUGAAUUGCAUCAUCCGAAAAAGGGAAAUUUCAAGGUUAAUGGGCAAAGAUUGAAGCAUUAUCUUGGAGGGUCACUGGAUGUGGAAGAGCGUGUGAAUUUGGCGCUCCAUUUCUGA